AAAGUGGCAUCUGAAUGAAAGGGAGCCUCUCGGGCACUCCAGCAGCUGCUCUUUCUUGGUUAUUCACUGUAAGAACCUGCUGGGGUUCCUGGAGGCAAAGCCCAUGGAAGUGUGCGGGUCUCCCAAAGACUGCAGCCCCCAGUAGUUUCAGUUGUGCUAGUCCACACUCAGUCUCCAGCAAUUCAUCAACAUUACUAUUUGUUGCUAGUUUAUGGCUUCAGUGGCUUUUGCUCCAGAUCUAUUGAAGUAGCCUCCCAGCCAGCCCUUCAAGAAGCUCACGGCCGAUUGGAUCUUGUUUGUCCAAUGGGAGGCCGCGCCUUGGUAGGCCGCAGGGCGCCACCGUGGCCGUUGCCGGGAAACCGUGUAGACGCCAAAGAGCUCAGCCUGCCUUUGUGUUUGUGGUAGGAGGUGCUACCAGGAGAGAAGCGUUUUUCUUCGCUAAGAUGGCUUCCAAAAGGGGAGCUUGGAGUGUCAGUGAAAGGCAUCAGAAGUUAGUAGAGAAAAACUACCGCACAAAAUUGCGUGUUGAGGCGCUAAAAAAGAUAGAGAAUCAAAUCAGGGACCAAAUGAUGUGGAAUGAAAAUGAUGACCGAGCUGAGCGCAAGAGAUUCCUCAGAUUAUUACAGAAUGAACAAUUUGAGUUGGAUAUGGAAGAAGCCAUUCAAAAGGCAGAAGAAAACAAAAGAUUGAGGGAACUCCAGCUUGAACAAGAAGAAAAAUUGGCUGUGGAAUUGGCAAAACUAAAACAUGAAAGUUUAAAGGAUGAAAAGAUGAGGCAACAAGUAAGAGAAAACAGUCUUGAGCUCAGAGAAUUGGAGAAGAAAUUAAAAGCAGCCUACAUGAAUAAAGAAAGGGCAGCUCAGAUUGCUGAAAAGGAUGCCAUUAAAUACGAGCAAAUGAAACGUGAUGCCGAAAUAGCCAAAACCAUGAUGGAAGAACACGAGAGAAUGAUAAAGGAAGAGAAUGCUGCAGAGGACAGACGAAAUAAAUUGAAAGUACAGUACUGUCUGGACUUAGAGAAACAACUUGAAGAAGAAGAAAAAAAAAAGCAGGAAGCUUAUGAGCAGUUGCUGAAAGAGAAACUCAUGAUUGAUGAAAUUGUUAGGAAAAUCUAUGAAGAAGAUCAAUUGGAAAGACAACAAAAGUUAGAAAAAAUGAAUGUAACUCGAAGGUAUAUAGAAGAGUUUCAGAAAGAGCAGGCUCUCUGGAGAAAAAAGAAACGUGAGGAGAUGGAAGAAGAAAACAGAAAAAUCAUAGAGUUUGCCAACAUGCAGCAACAAAGAGAAGAAUAUCGGAUGGCAAAAGUUCAAGAAAAUGAAGAAAAAAGGCUACAGCUUCAGAAUAUGCUGACUCAGAAAUUGGAAGAGAUGCUACGGCAACGUGAAGAUUUGGAACAAGUGCGACAAGAAUUAUACCAGGAAGAACAAGCUGAAAUACAUGAUAGGAAACUGAAAGAAGAAGCAGAAGAGAAAUUGAGAAAGCAAAAGGAGUUGAAGCAAGAUUUUAUAGAACAAAUGGCCUUGAAGGAACUAGUACUACAGGCUGCGAAAGAGGAAGAGGAGAUCUUUAGAAAAGCAAUGUUAGCUAAACUUGCCGAGGAUGAUCGAAUAGAAUUAAUGAAUGCUCAGAAACAAAGAAUGAAGCAACUAGAACACAAGAGGGCUGUGGAAAAACUUAUCGAAGAGCGUCGCAACCAGUUCCUUGCAGCCAAACAACAUGAACUGGAAGAGUGGCAGUUGCAGCAAAGAAAACAAGGCUGUAUCAAUGCAAUUGUUGAAGAAGAAAGACUGAAGCUUCUCAAAGAACAUGCUGUAAAAUUACUAGGUUAUCUCCCUAAAGGAGUAUUCAAAAAAGAGGAUGAUAUUGAUAUGCUUGGCGAAGAGUUUAGAAAAGCGUAUCAGAAAAGGAGUGAAAUUUGUGAAGAGAAGUGAUAUCAUCAAUAUUUGGU